GUAUAUUUUGGACCGAGCAGACUUACAGUAAUCUGUCCAGGGUGUGUUCCUGCCCACUUCUCAGUGUUCCACUACGACCAUUUCAGGAAGGGCUACUACUACAGACAAGCAGGGGCAGGACAGGGAGGUUGGAUUUCCCAGAAAAGGAAGGAGAAGUGCAGGAAUUUGGGUUGAGAUCACACUUUAUCAGUUGGAGCUACACCAAGUCUUCAUUUACGCUUCAGUGGAGACUCGAGGAGUCUGAACCAGAACGUCUGGACAAAGCCUUCAUUAUUAAGAGCACCAGAGAACGGAAAGCAGUGAUCUGAGGAUGGCGCUGUUGAGGGCACUGUGCUUCUCCGCUGUGCUGCUGCACUUCGGGCUUCAUUCGGCUGGUGGUGUCGAGACCCUCAGCUGUCCGGCGCCUGCUGGGGUCCCGGGUACUCCCGGACAUAACGGCCACCCUGGACGGGACGGCAGAGACGGACCAGCAGGACCCAAAGGGGACAAAGGAGAGCCAGGAUUGAGUUUGCAGGGACCUCCAGGUAAACAAGGACCAGACGGGCCAGCAGGACCCAAAGGGCAGAAAGGAGAUUCAGGUACAAGAGAAGCUGUAAACGAAGCGCUGAUCAGAUCCCUGCAGUCCGAACUCCAGAACGUUAAAUCCCGUCUCACUGCGCUGGAGAAAGUUUCGACUUUCCAAACUGUUCGAGCGGUGGGGCAGAAGUUCUACGUCUCUAACGGACAGAAGGCCACGUUCACCGAAGCCCUGAAGCUCUGCGCCGACGAGGGAGCCGCGCUGGUCCUGCCGAGAGGCGAGGCCGAAAACGGGGCGCUGACGGGGAUGCACGGCGUCCUGGGUUCCGAUUAUAUUUACCUGGGCGUGACGGACAGGCAGGACGAGGGUCAGUUCGUCGAUCUGAGCGGAAAAGCUCUGAGUUACAGCAAGUGGAAGAAGAACGAACCCAAUAAUCAUAAGGACAAUGAGGAUUGUGUCGGAAUGUACAAGAACUCUGAGUGGAACGAUUUACCCUGCGACAUGUCGAUACACGUGGUGUGUGAGAUACAGGCAUGAAUAACAUCAACACACCCACCGAUCAAGCUGUCUGCUGGAGUUUUAAUAUGUAGAACACACUUACAUUAACGUAGUUUCAGAGGCGCUUUUAUUCAACCUGUCAGAACACCUAAAGAACUGAAAGUUAAGGGCCUUGCUUAGGGGCCUGACAGUGGUAACCUUGAUUGCUCCUUAACAUACUAACAUCUAAAAACAGAGUAACACACCCCAUGACAGUUCGUCGAUCCAUCACAGGGCCUUGGCGUUCGCAUCAGCCCCGCCCAGUAUGUCGUUAAUUAGAUCUGUACGUCAGCGAUAGCACUGUUAGGAAUUCAAACCCUGGAUCCCAGCAGUGAUUUACCGCCCAACAGAGAUAAUAAUAAAAAACACAAAAGCUUUAAAAAUGUUCCUCAGCUCUGUAUCAAACACAACGCCAGAGAAACGUUCUGUAUUUCUGAAUGAACAUCAGUGGUGGAGUUCCACAGGGUUCGGUACUAGGAUCGCUUCAUGUUAUUAAUAUUAUACUGAUCAAAUUAUACUGAAUUAUACUGAUAAGUAGCUGAUCGUGUAUUUCAUUUAUUUCGAUUCAUUUAAAGAUUAAUGGUGGAUAUUCAUGGAUUAGUACAGUACAUGAGUGUGUUCCACAAGGUUCCGUGUUAGAACCGAUAUAAUUUUUAUACUCAGUAUAUAAACGAAGCUUUAAUAAAUAAAUACUUUUAUAUUCCA